AUGACUGAGACACAGGAGGCAGUGAUUGCUGAAGGUCGUCGGCUAUACGGCGCCCAGCAAUUCAAGCCUGCUCUUAAGCAGUUUACCAUAGUAUGUAUCAAGCACGCAGACUUUGAACCGACUGCUUACAUCCAAAAGGCGAUGCAACUAUGUGCGUGCAAUCGGCAAGGCAAACGCCCACGCUGCAGCUGCAAGAACUUCGAAAAAGUGGCAUCAGAAGGUGGCUCAAUCUUCAAUGAGGCUAUGUAUACUUGCGAGUGCACAGUUCGCACGACAUUCAACAAAUGCGAUAACAAGCUGCAUAUACAGGCCCUCGACUAUCGUGCUGCAACAUUUGAAGAUAUCAAGGAGCUUGAGCGGGCCCAAAAGGAUGCCGAAUGGAUGCUAGAGCUUGCUCCAAGACUACCAGAUGGUUACUUGCGACUUGGUAAGAUAUUGCGUCUCCAGAAAAAGUACGAGUUUGCCUGGAAAGUGUACAAUGCAGGAAUAGAGACGGGGAACAACAACCAUCAAGCCGAAUUGCCCAAGUUCAAGAAACUCCAAACCGCCAGACAACCGUUGCAUAUUCGGUUUUAUCGUCGAGACCCAUUGAAGAACCCCCCAGAGAUUAUCCAGCGCAUAUUCGGUUACCUUGAUUUCGCCACUCUUGUGCGAUGUACCGGUGUAUCCAAAGGAUGGAGGCGGUAUCUCUCCAGUCACGGCAAUGAGAGACUUUGGCGCACUCUUCUGUUCACCAAAAAAAUUCCCAUUAACCGUCCUCCUGGCAUCAAGUCGAUCAAGAAACUAAUUUCUUAUUCGGGCAAGGACGUCCGUCAGAUCAUCAUCGAUGAUGCCUCGCGCUUUAGACUCACUCAACAAAAGCUUCUUAUUAUCUUACAGGGAUCAAAGAACCUUGAGCGCCUUGAACUCAAGGGCAGUGUCGACGAAGACCUGACGAUCCCAGACACAAAGGGCAUCCUGAAGAAGUUGAACCAUAUCAAUCUUCAGGAUAUUCUAAUCCGGAAACCCAAGAUCUUGAGUCCACUCCUACAACAUGCCAGUGAGGGUCUACAGAGCUUGUAUAUCAAUGGCUUGCCACAGUCUGGCUUAUAUAAUGAUCUCCAGUUCCCCGAUUUACCCAGCCUACAGUACUUGCGCAUUGAGGAGUCUUCCAAAUCGAGCCCCUUCCGACUAAGCACAUGGCGGAUUGCUCACAAGACACCAUACCUGCAGCAACUCCAUCUGCGGGACGUGCAACUCUCGAUGGAGAUUCCCACAGAUACGGAACUUGAUGACUACUGGCCAAGAUUGCGAGCAAUUACACUACACGGACCUGAUUCUUCUGAUGUGAAUACUGCGCAAGCCGUUCGGCAGCUUACCUCGCUGCGAGGUAGGCAUACACUACAAUACAUGGACUUUGACUUUCGAUCGAAGGUCGAUCACGAGGGCCCGCUUGGUCUCAUAGUCCUUUUGGAGACACUGAUAAACCAAGAACAGGGAAUGCUUACAACAAACGGGUUCAACAAGAACUGUCAGUAUACAGACCUGCGCUCCCUACGUCUUCGCCAAGCCAUUAUAUCUCCUCUGAAGCUUGGAAAGGUGCUUGGUGACACUCUCGCAGCCCAGAAGCUCCACACCUUGGACAUUGCCUUUCCUCUCGACCACCAAGGUGCCCCUGAAGGGUCUGCCAGCACUCAACACAUUCAAGAUCACUCGUGGCUUCGCGGAGACCAUGGUAUCAGAUGCAUUGGCCUCUCAGAGUUCAGAUUCCGUGCGUACCCUAGGACCGAUGACGAGAUGUAUCUGCCGGGUUUUCUAGCCAGCUUCCCUAACCUUGAGGUCCUCGAGAUCAAUUCAUCGCAUUACGACCAGCGCGAAUUCUGCACCAUGGUUGAUGCUAUCCUCAAGGUUACCCACCUGCAGAAAAUAUACCAAAAGACUGUUCUGGGCGACUGGGGGGAUAAACUCCGUGAGGCAACGAGGAAAAAAGGAGUCGAACUGAUUUGGGGAGACAGACCCCGAGAGUGGCCGCUUACGCUGGGGGAGCCGAAGGCACUAUCGGCCAGGUGGUUUGCAUAA